AUGGAGAUGCAGAGUCGACGUCGAAGGGCUGCUCCCAUGCCGGAGCCACAGCUAAUUCCGCCCGUAGCGCGGAAUCGCCGCCCUCGUCCAUUAUUGAUUUUGUUAUUGUUUACCUCUUUCCUAGCAUUGUUCUUUCUGCUUCUUCCGGAAAACUCGUUCAGCUCAUGGACUACUCCAUCACUGCAUCAUCAGCAAUUCAAUGAAGUGGUGUCCCGCCCGAGGAUAGUACUUCAUCCUGAUGAUCAUGUGUAUCGGCCGACGGUGACACAGUACUUCAAUUGGAGCGUCACGUCGGGGUUGCGCAGGCCUGAUGGUGUGUUGAAGCGGAUAUACUUGAUUAAUGAUCUCUUUCCAGGUCCUACUAUCGAGGCCCGGUCUGGGGACACUCUGAUUAUUACUGUAACUAAUGAUCUGUCCGAGGACCCAAUUACCAUUCAUUGGCAUGGCCUUCAUAUAGCGAAUGAUAUGGAUGGGGCCACAGGGGUGACACAAAGCCCUAUCGUUCCUGGAGGCCGAUUCGUCUAUAAUCUCACCAUCCCCUCCGACCAGAGCGGAACCUUUUGGUAUCAUGCCCAUGCUGCCUCCAAGUCUGCUAUCCGCGGUCUAUGGACUCGGAACCGCAGCGAUGCUCAAAGAUUUGGCUAUGAGAAGGAACUUCUGCUCCUUAUUGGCGACUGGUACCACCGUCCCGCAAAAGAUGUGCUAGCCUGGUAUAUGACUCCGGGGAAUUUUGGCAACGAGCCCGUGCCUGACUCGCUUCUGAUUAAUGGAGCUGGUUAUUUUGAUUGUUCCAUGGCAGUUCCCGCUCGUCCCUUGGACUGUAUUGAACAGGAUAUGAACUCUUCUCUUCUUCACCUCGAUCCUGAUACUGCUUAUCGAAUCCGAGUCGUGAACACAGGAGCCUUGGCUGGCUUCAGCCUGAUCUUAGAUAAAGAGAAUUUUGAUAUUGUCCAGAUGGACAGUGUUGAUGUUGCCCGCGACGAGCAGCAACCCGAUAUCAACUCCGCCGGCAUCUUACAUCCAGGCCAACGCAUGGAUUUUGUGCUUCGCCAGCCACUUCACGAUUACGACUCGUCCGUUAUGACAGUUCAGCUAGACGAAGGAUGCUUCAAAUAUGUCAAUCCGGCAUUAACACCACUCCAGUCCUUCCCAAUAAUUUACAAAUCUACCUUCCAAAAGACCAUAUUAACACCAGAAACGCGCAAAAAAAUCAAUCUAGAAAAAAUUCCUUCUAGCCCCGCUAUCCUCAAAUCUCUCCCGCGAAGGGCAGAUCAGACACAAGUGGUCUACACCAAGAUCCAAAAACUAGCCCGCAACCACAACAUCCCCUUCGGAUAUUUCAACCAAACAACCUGGAAACCACAAAAGGAUCCAUUCACCCCACUAAGAAACCUUCCACGCAGUCAAUGGGACUCGAAUCAGCUUUCUUUCAGUACGCCUGACGCUGCAUGGAUAGAUCUGGUCGUGAAUAACUUGGAUGAAGGUCCCCACCCAUUCCAUCUGCACGGCCAUCACUUUUAUAUUCUUGCCAUCCAAGAGCCAUUCGGGUGGGGUUCUUACAGCCCUUUCGAAGACAUCUUUCCUCCGGGCUUGGAGCCUGAUGAACAUAAUGAUGCAAAUGAGCCUUAUCAGCCGUAUGACCUGGCGAAGGCGUCUCUUCGGGAUACCGUUCAGAUCCCAAGCCGUGGUUAUGCUGUGCUGCGUUUCCGGGCUGAUAAUCCUGGUGUUUGGCUCUUUCACUGUCAUAUCUUGUGGCAUAUGGCUACUGGCAUGGCCAUGCUGGUCGAUGUUCAAGGUGAUCCGGCAGGUCAGAUUGCACAUGCCUCAGGAUGA